AUGUUUUCCUGGCAACUGUAUCAAUCCCAUCGAGAUAAACCUCUAAUGCGAGUGCACAAAUAUGAGAAUAAACCUUUCAAGCCACCCAAAAGACUGAACGACAGCCAUGCUACACAAAACGUUAUUCGAUCAACAUCAACAAAACGCCAAGGCGUAGCAGAAAGUGAAACAACAUCUGUCAAGAAAGCAAAACCUAUGUCAUCGAUGUCUGUCCACUCUUCUGAUCCUUCCGAUAACAAAAGGUAUUUCACUCUCAUGUACAGAAAGCCUACGCAGAAGAAGCACAAGACUUGGGCAGGCGAUGGUUAUGCUACAUUUAGAGAGGGCGGCAAACUCAGUUUUUAUGAUGCAACUGGAAAAUCUAUCGGAUCAGCUCAAUAUAAAAAUGCGCCUGGAGAUAUGCUGGAAAACCUUUUUAAAUCCUCUGGCUUGGAGAUACAGUUGGACUACGAGGUUUCCGAUGCAAAAGAAUAUCAGGAGGUCAAGAACGUACUGUUGGGUAAUCGUCAAGAAAAAUCAAGCAGUUCACAACAUUUUGAUCUUGGUGAGACCUCUCUAACUGUUGAGUCUUCCUCUCAUAAUAAUGAUAAUCAAAUUACACCUGCACCGCUAUUUCAGAACAAAAGAGCAAACAAGUUUAAGCCACUAAUUAAAACCUGUCCUGCAAGAAACAGUUUAAUUUCUGGCCGCAAAUCAGAAUCGGAAAGUCACACAAAUCCAGAAAGAAAAAUGAGCUAUCAGCCCGUAUUUGAUGCGUCUAAAAUAGAUGAUCCUAUCAUUAUGAAUAAGCAUUGUAGUGCAGAAGUUGACGUCAUUGUCGAUCCCUUCAUAAGUAAGAACCUUAGAUCUCAUCAACGGGAAGGAAUAAAAUUCAUGUACGAUUGUGUUCUUGGGCUGUCAAGACCUCCGAAAGAUUUGGCCACCAAUCAAGAGGGCUUUACGUCCAGAAGUAUUAUUUUAGAGCAAGAUUCAGAUAUACGAGGCUGUCUAUUAGCAGAUGAGAUGGGCUUAGGAAAAACUCUUAUGACGAUUUCGCUGAUUUGGACUCUUUUGAAGCAGACCCCCAUUGCUUCCACUGUUUCGUGUUCUCAGUCGGGCGUUCCAUUACAAGGUCUGAUUAGCAAAGUACUAAUAAUUUGUCCUGUUACUUUGAUUGCUAAUUGGAAAAAAGAGUUUAGCAAAUGGCUAAAUCUCUCCAGAAUUGGUAUCUUAACUUUGAGCCCUCAAAACACAUUAGAAAGAGACAAAUACGAAGUACGAACCUUCUUACGGGUCCAGCGAACAUAUCAAGUCAUGAUCUUAGGAUACGAAAAGUUACUUAGUGUCUCGGAAGAACUGGAAAAGAAUAAGUCAGUAUUAGAUCUUUUAGUAUGUGACGAAGGUCAUCGUUUGAAGAACGGAUCUUCAAAAAUUCUUAAUGUAUUGAAAUCGCUUGAUAUACAAAAAAAAAUACUGUUGUCUGGUACACCAAUUCAAAAUGAUUUAAAUGAAUUUUAUAACAUUAUUGACUUCAUAAAUCCAGGCAUUUUAGGUAGCUACCAACAUUUUAAGAAAAGAUUUAUCUUACCAAUCAGUAAAGCCAGAGAUCCUUCGAAUAGGCAUAAUGAGACGGCAGUCCAGAAAGGUGAGGAGCUCUCUCAAGAAAUGAUCGAGAUAACGCAAAGAUUCAUAUUGCGAAGAACAAGCUCAGUAAUUGAAUCCUACCUCCCUCCCAGAAUGGAUUUAAUUUUAUUUUGUAGGCCGACUGAAACACAAGUGAUGGCUUUCAAAGAUAUACUACAAAACUGCGGCCCAGAUUUACUGACAACAAGUUCAAACUCCUCACUCUCAGUGAUUACACUACUGAAAAAAGUCUGCAACUCUCCUUCACUGAUAGAGAGUGAUGCUUAUUUCAAUACUACCCUAGGAGAUUCUCGAAUAUUCAAGAAAUACACACAAGCUUUGAAUUCUGGAAAAUUAAAAGUCUUGAUGACGUUGUUGGAGCGAAUCAGGAAUGGAACAGAAGGUGAAAAAGUUGUAAUUGUAUCUAACUACACGCAAACUCUCGAUAUUAUACAAAAUUUGAUGAUUUCAGCUGAUAUGAGAAUAUGCCGGCUUGAUGGAUCAACUCCGAGCAAGCAACGUGAUGGAAUUGUGACAUCUUUUAACCGAGACCUGUCACUCUUCGCUCUUCUACUCAGUGCAAAAUCUGGAGGAGUCGGGUUGAAUCUUAUAGGAGCAUCGCGCUUAAUUCUCUUUGAUAACGAUUGGAAUCCGUCGGUAGAUCUGCAAGCCAUGUCAAGAAUACAUAGGGACGGGCAAACAAAGCCAUGUUAUAUCUAUCGAUUAGUCACGACAGGUUGUAUUGAUGAGAAAAUUCUGCAGCGUCAGCUAAUGAAGCAAAGUCUGAGCCAGAAGUUUUUGAGUGACUGCAAUAAUGGAAAAGACUCUUCGAACGACGACCUUUUCAACAAAGAAGACCUCAAAGACCUUUUUAGUGUCAUUUUGGACACGCCGAGCAAUACUCACGAUCUGAUAUGCUCUUGUGAUGGGGCAGGUGAAGAAGUGAACUCUGAAUCAGUUGCAUCGACUAUGAACAAUAAGGGGAAACGAUACUCCCCUGAUACGUGGAUAAGUGCUUUGGAGGCACAAAAGUUACUUGAAGAUAAGGAGGACCAAAAUUUAGAAGAGAAAGCUAGCCUGAUGAAGCGAUGCUUAGUUGGCUACAAGCAUAUAGGUUCAAAGCAUUUUUGCAAUCUUCUGGAUACAGUUGCAAUGGAGGCUGCUCAAAAUGCCCAAAGCGAUGUCACAUUUGCUUUUAUGAAGCCUUCUUAA